AUGUGGGACUCAUUAAUACAAGGUUCUUUGUAUCUUACCGAAGUUAUUCUAAGUGAAUGGAAGGUGAAAAUAGAUAGUGAUGAUGAAGAAAUUUAUGUACAUUAUUAUGAUAGUAUGAAAUGUCUUUCGAAUGAAGAAACUCUAGAGCGAGCUACUAAUUAUCUAGGAAAACGUGGCUAUUCCUUAAUCGGUAAUAAUUCUGAACAUUGGGCAAGAUGGUGUCGAUCUGGUGAUACCUAUUGCGAACGAGCUAUUAAACUUCAUAAUAUAGUUAAAGAUAAAGCAGCUAUACUUUUAAUUAUCGAUCCCAGCGCCUUAUUUAUCAAAGAUACAGUAAUUGUUGGUACUCAAAACUGUGGAUCAUUUCUAGGUUCCAUAGGAUCUGGUGUAAUUUUUUCCACGGUAGCAGGCAUCACAACAUUCAUUGAUAUAAAAAAACAACGAAAUAAUAGACGAAAAGGUGAAUUGAGUGAUAUUGCUUUCAAGAAAUAUGUCAUACAGCGUGUUGCGUCCACAGCUGGCAUGAUCAUUGGAAGAACAACAGGUACCAUUGUUGGUACUGUUCUUAUUCCUGUACCCAUUCUAGGUCCAGUUGUCGGUAGUACUAUCGGUACUGUGAGCGGAAAAAUUAUUGGUAGUCUAUCAGGUAUUGCUAUAUCGAAAGUUCUUGAAGAAUACGAGAAACGUAAACAAGAAAAGAUAUAUUAUGAAAUGAAAACUGUUUCACAGCUUGUAGCUGCAUUAUUGCCAGAGAGUCAAUUCUUCCAAGGCUUGAGUACAUUUUCACUCGGGCAUAAACAAACAGCGCCAGAAGAAACAACUCCUAACUCAUCAGCACUUCAUCUGCUUUUUGAACAACUAGUGCAUCCAUAUUCACAUUUGAAAAAAAAUGAAUGUCAAAUGGAAAAUCAGCAGAUACAGACGACUUUUCUAGAUUCAAACACUUUCGACUAUUUUGUGCUUACACCAGUACCUGAUGAAAAUUCACCUGAAGAGUUCGCAUCUACUGUUGAUCUUCUUUUACUUCGAUGGCCAAUUCGACAACCACAACCAUGGACGAUCGAUGAAGAAUACGUACUUGAUAUAAGUGAUUUAAAAAUAACAAACUCAGAAGUCUAA